GAAAUUUCUAAAUGGUCUUAAUCUAAUCUCACCUUAUUUAACUCUCACUUCGUCACCCACCCUCUCUCCCAUUUCACAACCACUUUAACUUUAGUUUCCUCUCUGGUUUCUUCCCUAUUUUGAGCUUCUUCUGUUUCUUAUUAUUUAUACAUAUAACGCGUAAAUAAGCAAUACCCAUUUCGUUUUUUUUUGUGUUGGAAGUGAAUUUCGGUGUUUCAGAUGGAGAACAAUCAGCAAUCGUUUUGGCAGUUCAGUGACCAGCUCAGGCUUCAAUCGUCUAACUUGGCUAAUCUGUCGCUCAAUGAUUCGAUUUGGAGCAACAAUUAUGGGUCGAAGAGGCCCGAUGAGAGGAGGAAUUUCGAUAUAAGAGUCGGCGGUGAAGUGAAUUCACUCAAUAAUAGUUUGAAGCCGACGCAAGUAUCCGAUUUGAAUGGGUUCAACGAUGCGUACAAGAUGGGCAUCAAUGAUGGGUAUAAGAUGGGCAUCAACAACAACAACAACAACAACAACAACAGCAACAACCUCAACAGUAAUUAUAAUAUCAACGAUUUUGGUUUGGGUCCGAUUGGUCCACUUGUCGGUGGCGCAUCUCACAAGAACGUUGGAAUCAAUGGAGGAUUUAACAAAGGGAUUUAUUCAAAGCCGGGAAAUUUUGGUCUUGCUAACAACAAUUAUAUGAAUGUUAAUUUGAAGGGAAAACAAAAUAAGGAAGAAUAUGAAUUUGGAGGCAAAGGCGGCAAGAAAAACGGCCACAAGAAGAAUCAGAACAAAGAUGGUGACAACAACAAUGAAACCAAGGAGAAAAAUGCAGCUGAUAAGAGGUUUAAGACACUGCCACCAUCGGAAGCUUUGCCCAGACAUGAAACUAUUGGCGGUUAUAUCUUUGUCUGCAACAACGAUACUAUGGCUGAGAAUCUUAAGAGAGAGCUCUUUGGUUUGCCUCCACGUUACCGCGAUUCAGUGCGGGCGAUAACCCCAGGCUUGCCCCUUUUCCUCUACAACUACUCCACCCACCAACUCCAUGGAGUUUUUGAGGCUGCUAGUUUUGGCGGAACAAACAUUGAUCCAACAGCCUGGGAGGACAAGAAAUGCUCCGGCGAAUCACGCUUCCCGGCUCAGGUCCGAGUUUUCAAAAGAAAAAAUUGUGCCCCACUGGAAGAGGACUCAUUCAGGCCAAUUCUCCACCACUAUGAUGGCCCCAAGUUCCGCCUUGAACUUAAUAUACCAGAGGCUCUUUCACUCUUGGACAUAUUCGAGGAGCAAGACCCUGAAGCAGUUAACCAAAACCCAGCAAUCCUCUACUAAUACAAAUACACCAGAUAGUGAAGAAAUAGUCUCUGUUGAAACAAUGCAGAGAAAGAAGAAAUAGAGUAUGGAUUUAUAAUAUUGUGGGAAGAGUCCAGAGGGAAUUUGGAGGAAUUAAAGGAUGAUGUAUACACGGCCUUCUAAUGUAUAACUUUUUCCUGAGGCUGUUGUUGUGUUUGCCCUUUACGUUCUUCUGUUUGGCUUAUACAUAAAUAAGUUCAAAUCAUAGAAAUAUA